UCAAAUAGCGGUUCACCUCCACCGUGUGGAUGGCAGAGUAGGCAUUCGUCGGUGAGCUCCGACUCUCCCCUAUGGCUCUUCUCUCCUCCUCCUCCUCACAUCGAACCUAUCUGGCUUCUUCCUGCCCUCAAUUCUAUGCUGCCACCUCCCACGCCGACUCCAUCGGCUUCCGACAUCGCUCGCGCCUCCCUACUAGACCGAGACCCCCAAUCUCCUUCCUUCGGGCCUCCUCCCCGACACACUCUCUCUUAGGCGCCAUUCCUCGCAGCCAUGGCCGACCUCGCGGAAGAUCCCCGCGUUUCUUUGUCUCGGCAUGUUCUAAAGCUGAUGCUGCUGGUUCCAGUACAUUAACAACAAAAUUGUCAGAAUUCAGAAAUUCAUGUUGGAGAUUUUUAAGGCCUCAUACUAUUCGUGGGACUGCAUUGGGUUCCAUAGCUUUAGUUGCAAAAGCUUUGAUGGAGAAUCCAAAUCUUAUAAACUGGUGGUUGACAUUCAAGGCAUUUUAUGGACUUGCAGCUCUUAUUUGUGGCAAUGGUUAUAUAGUGGGCAUUAAUCAGAUUUAUGAUAUUGGAAUUGACAAGGUGAACAAGCCAUAUUUGCCUAUAGCUGCAGGAGACCUUUCAGUUCAGUCUGCAUGGAUUUUAGUGUUGUUAUUUGCAGCAGCUGGCCUUCUGAUUGUUGCAUGGAAUUUUGGGCCAUUCAUUACUUCCCUUUAUUGUCUAGGACUUUUUCUAGGCACUAUAUAUUCUGUUCCUCCAUUUAGAUUAAAGAGAUUUCCAGUUGUGGCAUUUCUUAUCAUUGCCACGGUACGUGGCUUUCUUCUGAAUUUUGGUGUAUAUUAUGCUACUAGAGCUGCCUUGGGACUUUCUUUCAAAUGGAGUGCACCUGUCACUUUCAUCACAGCCUUCGUGACACUAUUCGCUUUGGUCAUUGCUAUAACAAAAGAUCUUCCAGAUGUUGAGGGAGACCGCAAAUUUCAGAUCUCAACCUUGGCAACAAAGCUUGGUGUCAGGAACAUUGCAUUCCUUGGUUCAGGUCUCCUAUUAGCAAAUUACCUUGGUGCUAUUCUUGUCGCAAUUUAUAUGCCUGAGGUUUUUAGACGCAGCAUAAUGGUGCCAGCACAUGCUCUGUUAGCACUGGGAUUAAUUUUCCAGGCAUGGAUUUUGGAACAAGCAAAAUACACCAAGGAGGCAAUAUCACAGUUCUAUCGGUUUAUCUGGAAUCUUUUCUACACCGAAUAUAUCAUUUUUCCCCUUAUAUAGCAAAACUUAGAAUUUUCUAUUGCUUGUAUCUCUGAAUCCUUUUCGCUUAUCCUUCUAUUUCUUGGUCAAGAGAAAAUUUGUAGGGAUAAGUGUCGUAGAAGAGAUUGCCCUCUUGAGAUGCAUGCAUAGGGGAGUACACACAGUGGGGAGUGUCAGUUUUGUUCCUGAAACUGAGACUGAUCCAAGGGCAUGUAUUUUACAUGUUUUAUGCAAUUAUUUUAUUAGGUUAAUUACUCAGUAUUUUAUGUGUGAAAAUUGAGGAUAAACAGCUAUGUAGUUUUCUCAUUGACCAAUGAUAAUUUAUUUUGAAUGAAUUAUUCUUCCACAGA